AUGAAUCUCAGAGGUCCAGGUCCAUCACAGCGAUUUGUCCGGUCUCACCAAACUCAUUUGCCUCCUGGAGCAACUGGACCAACGAGCGAGAAUGGAUCAACUGUCACUGAACCUUCGAAUGAACAGCUCACUGCUGCUUAUAUAGAAGUCACAACUAACACCAAAGGACAAGUCUAUGGUCUUGGAUCAAUUCAGUAUCUUAAUGCUGAUCCCAACGAAUCAGCUGCAGCUUCUCUACGUAGGAACUUCGAUGUACAUAUGUGUAUGACUGGAAUGAAAAGCAUCAUAGGCAACGUGAAGGAAGAUGUGACACUGGUGAAGGAGGAUGUGACAGGUCUUAAAAGAGCCAUGGAAGCACUUUUGCGGGAUCAAUGA